UAAAAUUUUGGGCUAACAUAGAGAACUUGCACGCCCUCUUUCUCCAAUCGGUUGUCCUCUUUCUCCAGAGAUCAGAGUCCAGACCUCGAUAGCCCCAGAUUCUCCGCCGCGGCUCCAGGACCAGACUUCCAUUUUCCUGCCGUCGCCCGUCUGUCAGUUUCUCACGCUGCCACGCUCCAGACGGCCGGACCUCCAGUGCUCCACGCGACCACGCCACCACCGCUCCACGUUACCGGCGCUUCUCACUCAGCCACACGCUCGCCAGUCGCCACUCCCUACAGGCUUAGAUCCGCCACUGGAUGAGUUUGACGGCGGAUUCCCCGGCACACUCUUCUAGCAGUGAUGAUUUCGCAGCCUUCCUAGAUGCAGAGUUAGACUCUGCUUCUGGCACAUCAUCUGAACUGGAAGAAGAGGAAGCAGAUCAAGAGGAGAGAGAUGAUGACAAGCAAGAUGAAAACAAUGACCUGGGAGAAGAUGGUGAUUGUAGCAAAGUUUCAGAUGCUCCUAGAGUAAAGAGGUGCAAGUUGGAAAACUGCAAAGGCACAGGGGAUCAAGAGUGCUCAAAAUCUUGUGAAGAAUCUGGAGGCACUCUGGGUGUUUCAGUUAAGAUGGAUUUAUGUACACAUCCUGGUGUGAUGGGUGGAAUGUGUAUACGGUGUGGGCAGUUAAUGGACAAUGAAUCUGGUGUUUCAUUUGGGUACAUCCAUAAGAAUUUAAGGCUCAGUUCUGAUGAGGUUGCUAGACUUCGUGAAAAAGACUUGAAGAACCUGCUUCAGCAAAAAAAACUCUAUUUGGUUCUUGAUUUGGAUCAUACACUACUAAAUUCAACUGAGCUCUCAGAAAUUCGGUCCGGAGAAGAGUACCUAAAAGAUGCCCUCCCGGAUGCUCUAAAAAGCAGUCUUUUCAGGUUAGACAUGAUCCAAAUGAUGACAAAGUUGAGGCCAUAUGUGCACGAGUUUCUGAAAGAAGCCAGUGAUUUAUUCGAGAUGUACAUUUAUACUAUGGGCAAACGUCCUUAUGCACUUGAAAUGGCAAAGUUGCUGGAUCCUAGAGGUGUGUACUUCCACUCGAAAGUUAUUGCACAGGAAGAUUCAACUCAGAGACAUCAAAAGGGACUUGAUGUUUUUUUAGGGCAAGAAAGUUCUGUCCUGAUCCUUGAUGAUACUGAGUGGGUAUGGGGAAAGCACAAAGAAAAUCUAAUACUUGUGGAAAGAUAUCUUUUUUUUGCUUCAAGCCGCAAGCAAUUUCGAUAUAGUGGUGAAUCGCUUUCACAACGUAAGGUUGAUGAAAGUGAAGAGGAAGGAGCACUUAUCACCAUUCUUAAAAUUCUUAAACAGAUCCACAGUAUUUUCUUUGGCCAGGACCGGGGAGACAAUAUGCGCAAGGGUGAUGUGAGAGAGGUGCUAAAAGAAGUCCGGAAAGAAGUAUUGAAAGGUUGCAAAGUCGUUUUCAGUCGGGGUUUUCAGGAAGAAAAUCAUCAACUGUGGAGGAGAAUGGCUGAGCAACUCGGAGCAACAUGUGCAACAGAAGUCGAUGAAUCUGUGACACAUGUGGUCUCAUCGGAUGCUAGGACUGACGAGUCGCGCUGGGCAAAGCAACAUAAUAAAUUUCUAGUUAACCCGGAGUGGAUUGAAGCCUCCAACUAUCGAUGGGAAAAGAAAACCGAGAAGGAUUUUCCAGUUAAAUAGAGGUGACCUCAGCUCCUCAACUUUGGGGUGAUGUAUAUUUUGAGCUACAUACUAGUGGAUAUGUUUUGAUAGAUAUAACCGGAAAAUAGAAAUUGUUUGAGAAGGUUUUUGAAUGGGUUUAGCACAACUUAACAGUGUGUAACUUCCAUGGGUGUUGAGGUGUAGCGUUGAAUGAUCGGCGGCCAUUGAGGUGUAGCGUUGAAUAACAAGCCUAACUACAUUCUGGGAUUUCUGUCAAAAAAAAACAUAGCUUCUUUUAGUCAUGAGAGAGGUAAAUAGCUCAUAGAUUUAAGAUGGAGGAAAAAAACAUGUUUUAUAAUGAAUAGUGUGAUAUUCUCUCAUUUUGGUGAUAUUCUCUCAAACAUUGAACAAAGGUAUUCAAGUUCAUUUCAUAAUACCCUAUCGUCUCGUAAUUAUCUCUUGUUUGAAAUGGCAUGAUAUGACACAAAGAUUAGGAAAAUAAAAAUUGUACUCCGGUCAUUUCACUGUACUUUGCC